UUUCUUUUUUCAGAUUAUAUACUCCCCUCUCCUUUUUUUUUCCUUUUUAUCUAAAAAGUAAAUAAAAAAAUAAAAUAAAAAUGGCUGCUGAGAAGAACAACAACAAGUUUAUGAUCGAUUUCCUUAUGGGUGGUGUCUCUGCCGCUGUCUCUAAGACUGCUGCUGCUCCCAUUGAGCGUAUCAAGCUUUUGAUUCAAAAUCAAGAUGAAAUGAUCAAGCAAGGUCGUCUUUCUUCUCCUUAUAAGGGUAUUGGUGAUUGUUUCGCUCGUACCUUGAAGGAUGAGGGUGCUAUCUCUUUGUGGAGAGGUAACACUGCUAACGUUAUUCGUUACUUCCCUACUCAAGCUUUGAACUUUGCCUUCAAGGAUAAGUUCAAGCGUAUGUUCAACAGAGAUAAGGUCAGAGAUGGUUACUGGGCUUGGUUCGCUGGUAACUUGGCUUCUGGUGGUGCUGCUGGUGCCGCAUCCCUUUUCUUCGUCUACUCUUUGGAUUAUGCUCGUACUCGUCUUGCCAACGAUGCUAAAUCUGCCAAGAAGGGUGGUGAACGUCAAUUCAAUGGUUUGAUUGAUGUUUACAGAAAGACCUUGAAGUCCGAUGGUAUUUCUGGUCUUUACCGUGGUUUCAACAUUUCUUGUGUUGGUAUUAUCGUUUACCGUGGUCUUUACUUCGGUCUUUACGAUUCUAUUAAGCCUAUGCUUCCUGGUAAUCUUAAGGAUUCCUUCUGGGCUUCCUUCGCUCUUGGUUGGGCUGUUACCACUGGUUCUGGUCUUGCUUCUUAUCCUAUUGAUACCGUUCGUCGUCGUAUGAUGAUGACUUCCGGUUCUGCCGUUAAGUACGAUUCUUCUCUUCACGCUUUCCGUGAAAUUGUUGCCAAGGAAGGUACUAAGUCUCUCUUCAAGGGUGCUGGUGCUAACAUUCUUCGUGCUAUUGCUGGUGCUGGUGUCUUGUCUGGUUAUGAUUACCUUCAAGUCUGGAUGUUCGGUAAGAAGUACUAAAAAGCCAAGUAGUUCUUUUCUUCAAAUCAGUUUAUUUAAUGUAACUGCCGCUUUUUAUUUUUUUAUUUUUUUUUACACCAACAUGUUUAUGAUUUUUUUGUAAUAUUAUAUCUUUUUUAUAUUUAAAAUCAAAAUUUAUAUACUUUAAAAAGGGCCUUUUUUUAAAAAAAAAUAUCCUAAAGAGCCUUUGUAUUCGAAUAAAAAAUUUAUUUCCAAGUUAAAAACCUUAAAAA